AUGGCGGAGAAGCGCAAGACCUCACCUCCUAUCUCAUACCGCGAGGCAUCCCUAGUCAAACGUCAACGACAGGACGACGAUGUCCCAAACUCGCAACAAAUCGCAAUCGCUUCCUCCAAAGAUGGCCGGGACAAAGGUCUCAUCCGUUCCGUUAAGCGCACUUCAUCCCUCUCACAUCCCAUCCUUGGCUUGACAGGAGCACACACCUCCGAAAUCCUUGAUGUCAAGUUCUCCCGCGACGGCUCUCGCAUUGCUGCAGCAUCAGCCGACCGAACCAUCUCGAUCUGGAGCGUCUACGGUGAUUGUGCCAACAUCGGUCAGCUCAAAGGGCAUUCCAAGGCAGUCUCAUGUCUUGCAUUCAGUAGCAACAUUUCAGAUACGCUCUAUUCAGGUUCUGCAGACGGUACGAUCAUCGUAUGGAGUAUCACGACGGGUGAGAAGCAGAGGAGAUUGAGGGCUCACCGUGCGAUUGUCAACUGCGUUUCUGCCACUUGUUCAGGGCCGGAGCUGAUAGUCUCUGCGUCAGAUGAUGGGAGAGUGAUGAUUUGGGAUCCGGAAGCAAAGGAGCCGCUUGACAUUCUGGAAGUGGAAUACCCAGUCACCGCAGUCGCAUUCUCCGAUGACUCCAGUCAGAUCUAUGUCGGAGGCAUCGACAAUCAAAUUCAUAUCUACGACCUUACUCGCAAAUCUAUCAUUCUUUCGCUACGUGGGCAUAUGGAUACAAUCACAUCCGUAUCCCUCAGCCCCUCCGGAUCUCACCUAUUGUCAACCGCAUUCGACGACACCUUGAGGAUUUGGGAUGUGCGCCCAUUCGCACCAGAACCCAACCCAGCAGAUCCAAAUGCAAACACAGCAAAUCCGAGACUCUAUAGAACACUCAGAGGGACAACUUUUGGCGGGUUUGAGAACCUAUUGAUCAAAGCAGGCUGGAGUGCGGAUGGGGAGAAGGUGGUUGCGGGAGGUGCGGAUAGGACCUGUACGAUUUGGGAUGUGGAAUCGUCGACGAUCCUGUACAAGUUGCCAGGGCAUAAGGGAACGUGUACGGCUGCGGUGUUUCAUCCGAGAGAGCCUAUAGUGGUUUCUUGUUCCACAGAUAUGACCUUGUUGCUGGGCGAGAUCGAUCCUUGA